UGUUCUAAUGUCCCUAACUUUAACUGAAGCCCAGCACAUCAAAACGAAGUUAAGCAAUUUAGCUGCACCAUACAAAAUACCGAUGCAGAAACGGUACAAUAUGUCAAAACUCAGAAAAGAUCACCAUGGAAACUACACCAAAAGCUAGCCACAAUCAAUAGAAAGUAAACAAACUCGACGUUUAAUUUUGGUGGCGAACGAAAGCAACCCGAUGAUUAGUCGGUAAAAAAUGGACAGAUUGAAAAGUCCAAAAAUAGUGGCAUAACCGAAAGAAAUCGAUAUAUAAGCGGAUUUUGUAAAGAAUAAUAACAACGUUAGGGUAUAGCGACCUAAUUCCUCUAGGUCGAACGGAAACGCGCGGAGAUGGCAAAGCCGACGAAUGGGUAUUGAAUAGCUGAUACAUUUAUUUAGUGCCAAGUCGAGAGCAAAAACAAGGAAAGUGUUGAUGAGCAACUGUUUAAAGCCAUGCAUGGACGCGCUACAGCACGAGGGACGGCAGCGGCGGAGCACUGGCGACUUUUAGCUGAACUUGAUUCAUUAAACUUAAGUGACAGCUGCUGCGAGAUUUGCCACUGUGAUUGUUACAGCUCACACCGUAGCAGCUUAAAUACGGAACCACUCAACUGUGGUGAGCAUUUCGAAAAAAUCGAUAGCAAGUGCAAAACUGACGGACUAGAACGCGACGUGCACGCGCUUGAGAGACUAGAAGAUGCAGCAACGCAAUAUACUCGGCCAACUGAAGUAACACGUUCCACCAUUUCCAUUGAUCAGAAUAUUUGCAAAAAGCGUUCGACGCGUAAAUCUAGAGCUGCCAGAAGAAAAAACAACACCGUUACAACAUCAAACGGAAAUUUAACGAAGCCUUCCAGUACACAAGCCAUAUCAACCAUAUCACUUAAAUCCAAAAACGCCAAAACAACGCCAACACAUUCCGGGCGUACAAGUCCAGCUGCGGCGAGCCUUUAUAAGAGUGGCGCAGUACCAAAGCAUAACGCUGCGGCUUCGGUGAAGCGCUCUAAAAGUGUAUGUAGCGUGCGCAGCCGCAGCAUAUCACCUUUAAUUUCCACAUCGGUUGGUCCUGCCGCUAAACGCGCCACAUACUACACGCGCGAUUGUAAAAUCUUGCAGGAACUGCUAAGCGCGCUUAACGACGAUGAGGACAACAAUGCAACAGCCUCCCUGCAAGUGAACGGCAUCAGUGCGCUUAAGCAAGCCUUAUCAACGGUGGAGCAUGCAGACACCAGUACGCUCGAACAUUCUCAUACACUGCCGCGUUGCACUGUUAAAUCGAAGAGCAACGAGAAAGCCAACGAUGAGGUGCAAUUGUCGUCGUCACUAACUUCACAAAAAGUGUGCGCGUCCAUGGCCAGCCUCUGCUUGGCGCCCACGGUACGCGCCGCUUACCAUCAAGUACCCGCACACGAUAAACGCAUACUGAAUCGUAUGGCGCAUAAGCGCACCGAACGCGCCAUUGCCAAAGAGAAUGCCUGGCUGGCGCGCAAAUACUGGGAAAAUGAGCGUUACGAACGCGAACUCUUCAAGUGCGCGCAAAUGGAGGAGUACAAACGUGCGAUACGCGACAAGCAAUUUCAAGAUUAUUUAUUGACAAAGGCGCGUCUAAACGAAAUUGCUCAGCGCGAUUUGAGCGAACUGCGGCGUUUGCGCGAAGCUUUGCAACAAAAAGAUAAGAGCACGAAGCGGCGACUUGACGCGCUUAAAGUUGAACGUGGUAUAGCGGCGUGUCAGCGCCGUUGUGACGAGUUGCGUCGCGCGGAGGCGGUCGCUGUGCAGCAGGAAGAACAACAAAUAGACGAAAAGUUACGUAAGCAAGAGAUUUGCGAACGUUUAAGCGAACGCUUGCAGCGCGCCGAGCAUAUACGCGCCAACAUGCUGGAUAGCUAUCUACGCCGCUUACGGUACGACAACCAAAUGGAAGAGUUGGUGCACGAGGAGCACUGGCGCGAAGCACAGCAGUUGGAGCGCCAGCGGCUGGCCCAGCUAGAGGAGCACAUACAGCAGAAAUGCGAGCAGUCGCAACGUUUUGUUGAAGAGCGCCAACGCAGACAAGAGGCUAUUGCCAAAACAGCGAAAAUAUCCGCAAGUCUGCGUGAAUUGGUGCGCAACUCCGUUACACCGGAAGGAGGCAUGGCUGUGGAUAGUGGCCAUGUAGGUGAAGCUGUGAGCAUAGCAAAUACCGCAACGUUGAGUAAAGUGCUUUUAGAUAGACCUUUUUCCAAACUGUCAUUGCAGCCGUGAUUGUUUUCAGUAAAAUAAAUCUGUUUGUGUAUAAUAUCGUUAGUAGUAGAGAUCUGUUGUUGUUUUAUCCGACAUUAAAGAAAGCUAUUAAGAUUACGCUUUUAUUUUCUUAAUAAAGUUUUUGAAAACGA